GCCCACAGAUCGCCGCGCCAAUCCGAUUUAUAAAUUUUUGAUUUUCCAAUAGAGCAGUUGUUGUGCGCACGUUAAAUAAGUUUAAAUUAAGUCGUUCAUCUAAGAAAAUCGAGUGAUAUUGUGCCCAUUUUACGACUCUACUCUCAGCAUGUCGACCAGCCCGAAACCGGUUAAGAAGGUACCAAUUCACUUGCAGAGCGCUGCCAAUCGUGUUUACAUCAAGAAUGGCGAGAUCGUGAACCAUGAUAAAUCGUUCAAAGCGGACGUCUACAUUGAGGAUGGAAUUAUCAAGUUUGUGGGACCCCCGUCGGAGAUUACGAUACCCGGCGGCGUGCGUACCAUUGACGCCAGUGGGCUGCUAAUCAUACCCGGUGGCAUCGAUCCCCAUACGCACAUGCAGCUGCCUUUCGGUGGCGCUGUGGCCGUCGAUGAUUUCUAUCAUGGCACCAAGGCUGCCGUUGCUGGGGGCACCACCAUGAUAAUCGAUUUUGUGCUGCCCAAUAAACACGAGUCGAUGAUAGAGGCGUACGACAAGUGGCGCAGCUGGGCCGAUCCAAAGGUCUGCUGCGACUAUGGCCUACAUGUGGGCAUCACCUGGUGGUCCAAAUCUGUCUCCGAGGAGCUGGGCAUUCUGUGCAAAGAGCUGGGAGUCAAUUCCUUCAAAACAUUCAUGGCCUACAAGGGUCUCUAUCAGCUUAAUGAUUCAGACCUGUUGGAUGUGUUUGAGCGUAUUCGACAAUUGAAUGGCGUGGCUAUGGUGCACGCUGAAAAUGGCGACAUUAUUGCAAAGAAUACGCAACGUUUGCUGUCCGAAGGCAUUAAUGGACCGGAAGGCCAUGAACUUUCACGACCAGAGGAAGUGGAGGCCGAGGCGGUGCAUCGCGCCUGCGUUCUGGCCCACCAGUCCGAUUGCCCGCUGUAUGUGGUUCAUGUGAUGAGCAAAUCGGCGGGCAUUGAGCUGGCCAGAGCACGGCAACGGUAUAGAGGUCGAUACAUAAUGGGAGAGACCCUGGCCGCGGCUUUGGGCACUGACGCCACAUGCUGCUUCCACAUGGGCUACGAACAUGAGGCGGCGCAUGUGCUCAGCCCACCAUUGAGGCCCGAUCCGACGACACGUGAAUUCUUGAUGAAGCUCCUGGCUAACGAUGACCUGCAGCUGACGGGCAGCGACAACUGCACGUUCAACAAGGAUCAGAAGGCAAAGGGCAAGGGAGACUUUACCAAGAUACCAAAUGGCGUCAAUGGUGUUGAGGAUCGCAUGUCCUUGGUGUGGGAGAAGGGUGUACAGGCGGGUCUACUCGAUCCCUGCCGCUUUGUGGCAGUGACCAGCACGAAUGCUGCGAAGAUCUUCAACAUUUAUCCGCAGAAGGGACGCAUUGCUGUCGGAUCGGAUGCCGAUAUUGUGAUCUGGAAUCCGAAUGCCACCCGCACCAUUUCCAAGGACACGCACCAUCAGGCCUGUGACUUUAACAUCUUCGAGGGCAUGACCGUUCACGGCGUCUGCGAGUUUGUCCUGGUGCGUGGCCGCAUCUGUGCCGAACGAGGACAGGUGCGUGUGGCGGAGGGCUUUGGUCGCUUCAUCCCUACGCCGGUUCGUCCGCCAUUUGUCUAUGACAUUAUCGAGGGCAAAGUGCAGUCGGCAGUGCAGGAGGACCAUCCCGAGGAGCGGCAGAAUGGUGGCGGCAACAGCGUGGCCAAGAAGUUUGCCGAACUGGACAUCCAGAUACCCAUUCAAGAACCAAUUAGCGCCAUGCUGGCUGGCAACCUGGCCAUGCCCGCAGAGGGUUCGCUCUGCAGCACGCCCUCGGUGCAUGGACGUGUCGAUGGCAAGCACGACAUGCAACAGUCAUCCUUUUCGAUUAGCGAGGAACUCGAUAGGGGUGGUGUGAGGGCCUGCAUUAAGGUGAAGAACCCACCUGGCGGCAAGUCUUCCGGCUUCUGGUAGAUGCGAUGCCACUCGUCUGGCGCAUCGAUUCGCACAAUGCAUCAUGACACGGACAGGCAGCAUUGCAAGCCAAAGUCUGUCUGCUCCCAUGCGCUCAUUCAAUAACUAAGCUCUGGCAUUUAAUAUACCGAUCCUGAAACAUAAAUCGUAAUCUAACCAAACUUGAAAUUAAGUAAACAUAUAGCCACGAAAAGAAAGCGCCACACCCCCAACUUAAGAAAGAUAAUAACCAUACCAUCUGCAUCUGUCAUUGCCUCUCUCUCUAUUGUUAUCAAUAACUUUUUGUUAGGAUCCUGUGAGAUCCUCGAGGAUUAUGAAAAUCAAACAAAGUGCUUUUUUAGGAUACUUUUUGUUGUUAACACACGAUAUAUUUAUUUUUACGAUAUUUGCUUAUUUACAUUGAGAUUUAGCACAAUUUUGUUUGGUACAAUCGUACAUCUUGAAAGUUAUUAUAGGGGCUAUGAUAUCUAAGUCUCGAUAGAUGAAUUCGAGUUAUUAUACUAUAAACAUUAUAUACCUAUUGCAAUUGUUUAAUCCGCUUUUGCCGUAACCCCCUUCCCCACACACGCAUAGCCCCCUCAUUCGUAUGCCCCAGGGAUUCAUCCAUCAAUCAUUGAAGAGUGAACAACCGAUUGGAAACAACAUUUUUGGCGAACUUCAUCUGAGGAUAUCUAAAAUAAAAUAAAAUACUGUCAUCUUUUUUCGAUGAAAAUUUAUAUAAAAUUGCAUAAAUAUUUAUUAUAUACGAGUAUACAU